UUUUAUAAGAUCUAAGCUUAGAAGUAAACAUUGUUUUUUAAUAUAAAAUGGCACGUAAUUUAUUGAAACUGGGAGCCUUAGAGGCACAAAAAACAGUGUUUUUACUGUGCGAUGUUCAAGAAACAUUCCGACCCCAUAUUAAACACUUUGGGGAAGUCGUAAGAGUCGCAAAUAAAAUGCUAGAAGCGGCUAAACACUUUAAUAUACCAGUUUAUGUGUCAGAGCAAUAUCCAAAAGGCUUAGGUCACACCACCAAGGAUAUAAAUGUUGAUGGAGCAGCCCUUGUCUAUGAUAAAACUACAUUCUCUAUGUAUAGUCAAGAACUUAAAGACAGGCUGAAGAAGGAUGUACCGAACUUGGGGUCUGUGGUACUGUUUGGUAUUGAGACACAUGUUUGCAUAGAGCAAACAGUUAUAGACUUACUGAAUGAAGAUAUUAAUGUACAUGUGUUAGCUGAUGGGGUAUCGUCAAGGUCACUCAUGGAUCGAAACCUUGCUUUACAGCGAUUCCAGUCGUUGGGCUGUUUUGUUGGAACUUCUGAGAAUGUUUUAUUUAAGUUGUUAAAAGAUAAAAAUCACCCCGUUUUCAAACAAAUAUCAAAACUGAAUACUAAACCUACACCUUCUGAAUUUGGUGCCGAAGAUUAAAAUAAAAUAGUUCUCUGCCUAUACUUUUAAGAAAAAAAAUGUUUUAAUAGUUUUUUAUUUGUUAUGAAAAAUAUUGUUGAUAUACUCUGUAAUGAUAUUUUUUAAUAAUGUGAUAUUAAAAUAAAUUUAAAGAAAUGGUUAUUUGAAAGCAACUUUUAAAAUCAAUAUUUUAUUAAUUAAAGGUUUUUCAUUUU